CUGCCGCGCCAGGGAAGCUCUAAACGUCUUUUCCAAGACGUCAAGACUUGGGAAUACGACGAAGCUGCAUUCCCGCUUCUGGACAUCGCAGCUGUUGGAAAUGUAAAAGGAUCAUGUAGUCGUGGUCGUAUAUAUGGCCAUUCCCAAAUGAAGAUAGGCUCCUCGAUUUCAGAGACGAAAGUGCUCCGGUUCUGUUCAGCAUCAACGAGAUGGCUGCGGACGCCGAAAAGACCAGUGCUGGCGCUAACGCGGAGCCGGACGUGGACUCGACCGCAGAGGGCCAAGGUGGUUUCUUUGGCAACUAUGCCCGCAUCUUCACGUUCGCCGACAAGAAAUCAUGGACGCUGAUCGCGAUCGCGUGCGUGGCUGCCGCCGGCUCGGGCGUGCCGUUGCCGCUCAUGGAUUUGAUCUUUGGAAAGUUCGUCACGACCUUCAACAACUUCGCUGUUGGAAACGCAAGCCCUGCAGAGUUCCGCAAGGAGCUUAACCACUGGACCUUGUACUUCGUAUACCUUUUCGUCGGUCGCUUUGUGCUCAACUACAUUUGGACUUUCUGCUUCUCGCUCUCUGCUAUCCGCAUCACGAAAGCCCUUCGAAUACGAACCUUGCAAGCAGCGCUGCGACAGCCGAUUUCGUACUUCGACGUCAGCAAGACUUCCAGCACCACGGUUCUCGUGACGACCAACAGCAAUCUUGUGAACAAUGGGAUCAAUGAAAAGCUCGGUCUUGUCAUACAGGCCACUUCAACGUUCAUCACAGCUUUUGCCGUGGCUUUCGCGGUCAAUUGGAAGCUCACCUUGAUCACAUGUGGUGUCGUCCCAGCCAUCGUCAUCAUCGUCAGCGUGUGCAUCGGCAUCGACAGCAAGCAGGAAGCCCGUAUUCUCCCGAUGUACGCGAAAGCCACGAUGCUGGCUGAAGAGGUUUUCGGCACGAUGAAAACGGUCAAAAGCUUCUGGGCGAUGCCCGUAUUCGAAGCCAAGUUCGAGCGGCUCCUGGCCCUUGCGAAGAAAGAAGGCUACAAGAAGUCGCCGAACUACGGCGUCCUGUUUUCGACGGAGUACUUUUGCAUCUUUUCCGGCUACGCGCUGGCCUUUUGGCAGGGUAUCAGGAGGUACGCGAGCGGUGAGAUUCAGGCACCGGGCGACAUCGUGACGGUAAUAUUUGCAGUCGUGCUGGCUGCCACAGCCUUAACUCAGAUCGGACCGCAGUUUCUCUUCUUGUCCAAAGCGGUCGGAGCCAGCAUCCCUCUCUUCGACAUCAUCAACAGGGAGUCUGAGUUGGAUCCAUUUUCCGAGGAUGGAGAGAAGCCUCAGGUUUGCCGCGGCGAAAUUGAGAUUCGCGACGUGCGCUUCGCAUAUCCGGCACGCCCAGAUGUUGAGGUGCUCAAGGGCAUGAGUCUCAAAAUACAACCGAACAAGACUACGGCUCUAGUUGGUCCAAGCGGAUGCGGGAAAAGCACGAUCAUUGGACUGCUUGAGAGAUGGUAUGAGCCAGCUUCGGGCCUCAUAAUGCUGGACGGUCAGUCGCUCUCAAAUUUGAAUCUUCGAUGGCUACGCACUUCGAUUCGCCUCGUAGGCCAAGAACCUGUUCUCUUUCGCGGGAGUGUGUUCGAGAAUGUUGCCCAUGGGCUUGAGGGAACAUCGCAAGCAGAUUUGUCAAGGGAAGAAAAGAUGAAGCUUGUGAUUCAAGCUUGUCAGGAUGCAUAUGCACAUGAAUUCAUAGAACAGCUUCCGAACGGAUAUGACACGCUGCUGGGAGAGCGUGCUGCGAAUCUAAGUGGUGGCCAGAAGCAGCGUUUGGCAAUAGCUCGGGCCAUCAUUUCGCAGCCCUCUAUCCUGCUUCUUGACGAAGCAACCAGUGGUCUAGACACCAAAAGUGAGAAGAUUGUGCAGGAAGCUCUCAACCGAGUGGCUGCGAACCGCACUGUUAUCGUAAUUGCACAUCGUCUAUCAACCAUUAAGACUGCGGACAAUAUUGUUGUUCUCAAUGAAGGGCGAGUGAUUGAACAAGGGACGCACGUUGAGCUCAUGGGUCGACAAGGUCGAUAUUCACAGCUGGUCAGAGCUCAAGAUCUUGGCCAGCGUGAAGAAGCAGAAGAACGAGAGGAAAACGUAAGAAAGGGAGAUAUGUCCGUCUUGUAUUCGACGCUCUCUAGGAAAGAAACGCAGACAAGCAAUGCCCGUGGUGAUGACGAUCGGAUCACGGACGGCCACGUCGGCUUCCAUUUCAGUCUAUCUCAAGCCAUUUGGGUGGCGGUCAUGGACCAGCGAAAAUUAUGGCUGUGGCUUGGUGUUGUCCUCGUCGGAUGUACACUUGCUGGUUUAACGUUCCCUGCUCAGGGUAUUGUGUUCGCUCGCAUCUUCCAAGCGUUUCAGCUUCCACCUGCCCAAUCAGUCAAUCGUGGUGACUUGUUUUCACUUAUGUUUUUUGUCAUAGCGCUGGCGAACUUCUUGUGUUACUUUGUGAUUGGAUGGAUCUCGAAUUAUAUUUCGCAGUGGUCGACAUAUAAUUUUCGUCUGAGGUUGUUCAAAGACUUCUUGGCGCAGGACAUGGAAUUCUUCGACCGGCCUGAGAAUAGCACCGGAGCCUUGGCGAGCAAGCUUAACGACUACCCGAGCAACUUGCAGGAGCUACUUGGAUUCAACAUAUUCUUGAUCGUAGUAAUCAUUGUUAAUAUAUUGUCUUCGAGUAUUCUAGCCAUUAUUGUCGGGUGGAAGCUCGGUCUUGUGGUUGUUUUUGGUGGUCUUCCGCCGCUGGUCUUCGCUGGCUACCUGCGCAUCCGUCUUGAAUUAAAGCUUGACGAAGAUACAGGCGUUCGUUUCAGCGAAUCGGCAGGACUUGCGGGAGAGGCUGUAGGCGAGAUCAGGACAGUCGCAAGCUUCACACUCGAGCGGCACGUGCUACAACAAUAUCAAGAUAUGCUGCGGCAUAUUGAGUUAAAAAGUGUGCGUGCCUUGUUGUGGACGAUGUUUUGGUACAGUCUAUCACAGAGCAUGUCCUUGUUAGUCAUGGGUUUAGGGUUUUGGUACGGAGGCCGUCUUAUGUCGUAUGGAGAAUAUUCGACAACCCAAUUCUUCAUCAUAUUUAUCUCCGUAAUCUUUGCGGGAGAAGCCGCUGCUCAGUUUUUCGGCUACACCACAAGCCUUACCAAAGCAAAGACUGCCGCGAAUUACGUGUUUUGGAUCCGAUCACUUCGACCUAGUAUCAAAGAAGAUCCAUCCAAGCCCGGCCCGGCAGAUGACGAAGAUACGGAGCCAUUGGCGAUAGAAGCAAAUGACCUCUGCUUUGCUUAUCCGUUACGUCCUCAUGUUCAAGUGAUUCGAGACCUAGAUGUUGAGAUACCUUCUGCAAAGUUUACCGCCUUUGUAGGUGCUUCAGGUUCUGGAAAAUCCACAAUCAUUUCUCUCCUGGAGCGCUUCUACGAUCCAACAUCAGGAACCAUUACCAUCCGCUCUCCAUCGUCCGACAAAGAAUCACUAUUGCCUGACCUGGAUCCACAUAAAUAUCGUGCAUCCAUCGGACUUGUCUCGCAGGAGCCGGUGCUCUACUCAGGGACAAUCAAAGAGAAUAUCUCCUUGGGGCUGAUAAAACCUAAACAAGAAAACGAAAAGGCCGCGUCGGACGAGAACGAGGUGGAGAUGCGCGUGACUGAUGAAGAAAUAGAAGCUGCGUGCCGUGUAGCGAACAUUUACGACUUCAUAAUGUCUCUUCCUCAAGCACUCAACACCGAGGUUGGCGCAAAAGGCACGCAGCUUUCUGGGGGUCAAAAGCAACGUAUAGCAAUUGCCAGAGCACUUGUUCGCAGACCAAAGCUGUUGCUACUUGACGAAGCGACGUCCGCUCUCGACACCGAAAGUGAGAGAGUCGUGCAGGAAGCUCUGGACAGCGCUCGAGAAGGAAGAACGACGGUAGCGAUCGCGCACAGGCUUAGCACGAUCAAGUACGCGGACAUGAUUGUUGUGAUCAACCGCGGGAGGAUUGUGGAAAUGGGAAGCCAUGACAAGCUGCUUGAAAAGAAAGGCGUGUACUGGGACAUGUGCAAAGCUCAGGCCUUGGACCGAUAAUUGGUUUGUUCGACUAUGCGACAAAUCUCAGCUCCUGCGAUAGCGUGGCAUGGCGCUUGUAUAAUAUUUUAGUCUACGCUUAACUACAUCAUCACAAUGAAGAACAUGGCCGCCUGGCCAGUUUCUCACUA